AUGCCUACUACUUACAACGUCACCCUCAAGCCCGAGGCCUCCCCCGAGGAGCUCCAGAACGCAAAGAAGGAGGUCGAGUCCAAAGGCGGCAAGAUCACCCACGAGUUCUCGCUGAUCAAGGGGUUCACCGCCGAGCUCCCUGACGACCUCGUCUCUACCUUCGAGUCCAACGACAAGAUCACCGUCGAGAAGGACUCUGCGGUCACGACCCAGUAA